UGUGUGGCCUUAAUGUUACUGUGGUGGAUCACAGCAGCUAUGGGUUGCCAGUUCAAUUACAGCCUUGGUAGGUUGUACUGUAUGCCAUGUUGCGCGAAGUCUACAGUAAUGUCCUGCUGUAGCAGCCUGCUUCACGUUAGAAUGUAAAAAACAUAUACAGUAAUCAUCCUCGUAACUCGUUAGCUUUGCAAUUGUUGUGCAAUAUUUCCACAAACAUCAGGCGCCAUUGUUGAGCAUAACCUGUCGGGCAGUAGGACCCAGGGCAGUCCGAGCGCACAUGGCACACUGUGAAGGCUCGGCUGCAGGAGGAGAUGGUUACAGUCCAGCUCUCCAACAUCUUCCCACUCUGUCUGUGCGCUCCUGUCGCUCUCUGUCCCACUCACUACCGACAUCCUCUGCUGCAGCCCCUCACCUCCGUGCUCUUCCAUCUCCUCCUCUCACCCAUGCCUCCUCCUGCCUCCCCUUCACUCAUCGCCUGGAACAGAGCGUCUGCAGUUGGAGGCAAAAGUUUUUGACAUGACAUCUGCUUUGACGGAGUGACAGCCCAUAGUAUCUCACUCCCGUUGAAGGCCGUUCUGCAUGUGAGGGACUAAGUCGACUCUUCACGCUGACCUUCUCUGACCUGCGCCUCCAUCCCGUGAGCAGCAUCUGGUCCUGCAGCGUUUCUGAUCUGUGUGGCCGAAGCUGAGAUCCAUCACCAUGAGAGUCUGGAGGCGGCGGAGCAACUUUGGCUUUCUCUUCCUGGCUCUCUGGUCCCUGUCUACGGCCAAGGAAUAUGCUGACAUAAAGCGUGACCAAGAGGAGGCUAAACAUCGAGGGAGAACGGACGGCCCAAAACAAUAUGGGACCACUGUACCUCUGCUGCUAAAAGGCAAAGACCAAAGACCACUGAGUGAGCUCCGAGCCGGGGGUUACCCCGCGACGCUGAUGCUGCUGCUCCACGCGGAAGGUGAACAGCUGAUACUGAGGCUGGAGAAAAAUAAGGGUUUGUUUGGAAGCCAUUACACUGAGACACAUUACCUGGAAGAUGGAAGUGCCAUCACUACUGCUCACAACGCCACGAAUAAUUGCUACUACCACGGUGAGGUGCAGGCACGUCCUCGCUCUGACGUCACCCUCAGCAUCUGCUCAGGCAUAAGAGGCUUCAUUGCACUGGAGAACAAGACGUUCAUCAUCGAGCCGGGGUCUGACCAAGACGCUGAUUCUCACUUCAUCUACCGAGGAGAAGACCUGGAGCUAACCCCCGGAGCCUGCGGCCAUGGCUUCAACUCGUCUUCUGCUCCUCCUGAAAACGACAUCAAAAGCCCUUUUCAGUCUUUCCACCAAAGGCAUAGACGGCACGCUCAGAAGACAACCAAGUACGUGGAGCUGAUCAUCGUGGCAGACAGCAGAGAGUUCCUGAAACAGGGGAAGGACGUGGACAAGGUGAAACAGAGACUGGCAGAGAUAGCCAAUUAUGUGGACAAGUUUUACAGAGCUCUGAACAUCCGAGUCGCCCUGGUGGGCCUGGAGGUGUGGAGCGACUCGGACAAAUGUCCCGUCACCCAGGAUCCUUUUGCCACACUGCAUGAGUUCUUGGACUGGAGGAAAGUCAAACUGCUGCCCCAGAAGCCUCACGAUAACGCCCAGCUCAUUAGCGGGGUCUACUUCCAGGGCACCACCAUUGGCAUGGCUCCCAUUAUGAGCAUGUGCACCGUGGAGCAGUCUGGAGGCAUUGUCAUGGAUCACUCUGACAACCCACUGGGUGCUGCCGUGACUUUGGCACACGAACUGGGACACAAUUUUGGCAUGAACCACGACACCCCGGAGCGUGGCUGUGGCUGCAGAAUGACAGUGGACCGUGGCGGCUGCAUAAUGACCCCCUCUACAGGGUAUCCGUUCCCGACAGUGUUCAGCACAUGCAGUAAGAAGGACCUCGCUGCCAGCCUGGAGAAAGGUGUGGGCAUGUGUUUGGACAACAUGCCCGAGGUCAAGGUUCUCUACGGUGGUCAGGAGUGCGGGAACGGCUACGUGGAGGAGGGGGAGCAGUGCGACUGCGGUGAGCCCGAGGAAUGUAUGAACCCAUGCUGCAACGCCACCACGUGCACCCUGAAGGGAGACGCUGUCUGCGCCCACGGCCAGUGUUGUGAAGACUGUAAGCUGAAGCCAGCUGGAACCAUGUGUCGAGAGUCGAGUAACUCCUGCGACCUGCCAGAGUUCUGCACCGGCACCAACGCUCAGUGUCCGGCCAACAUUUAUCUGCACGACGGCCACGCCUGCCAUAACGUUGACGGGUACUGUUACAACGGCAUCUGCCAGACUCAUGAGCAGCAGUGCAUCACCUUGUGGGGAGCAGGUGCCAAACCUGCCCCUGGAAUUUGCUUUGAGCGAGUAAAUUCUGCAGGGGAUCCUUACGGGAACUGUGGGAAGGACUCCAAAGGCUCCUUUGCCAAAUGCGAUGCCAGGGACGCAAAGUGCGGUAAAAUUCAGUGCCAGGGAGGAGCCAACAGACCUGUGAUCGGAACCAACGCCGUUUCCAUCGAAACCAACAUCCCUCUGCAGGAAGGAGGGCGAAUCCUGUGCCGGGGAACGCAUGUGUACCUGGGUGACGACAUGCCUGAUCCUGGACUGGUUCUGGCCGGUACGAAGUGUGGAGACGGCACGGUGUGCCUGAACCGACAGUGUCAGAACGUCAGCGUCUUCGGUGUGCACGAGUGCUCCAGGAAGUGCAACGGACGUGGGGUGUGCAACAACAAGAACAACUGUCACUGUGAAGCUCACUGGGCUCCUCCGUUCUGCGAGAAGGGCGGCUUCGGUGGAAGCAUCGACAGCGGGCCAAUGAGGCGAGCAGCCGACAGCGUCGCCAUCGCAGUGUCCCUCCUGGUCACCCUGGUCAGCCUUCUGGCAGCCUCCGUCAUCGUCUUUCUGAAGAGGAAAACUCUGCUGCGAAUAUUCUUCACCAACAGAAAGAGCACCUUGGAGAAACUCAGGUCGGUGGAGGCUAACAGACCGACCAGCCCCGUCAGAACGCAGUCCAUGUGCAGAUCCACACCUCAACGAAAACCUCCAUCCAAACCCUCUGGAGCCAGCAGUUACAAGGCAUCUCUCCUGAGCACAGAGCCGCUUCUCCCUCAACACAACUUCCACUCUCACAACCUGCGCAGGCUGCCCCUUUACCAGCCACUGCACAUCAGCCACCCCAUGCCCAUGUCCCUGAAUGUGGGCCAACCCCUGCUGCCUCCGCUGCCGGCCCACACGUCGCUGUCACCACCACGAGUGCCACCUUUCCUCAGCCUGCCUCGGGAGCAGUCAUCCUACAGAGCGGACCAGGACUUUGAUAAACCCAGUCCGCCGCAGAAACCUCUGCCUGCAGACCCACUUGGGAGGAGCUCACAGCUGGCACACAGUUUUAAAGAGGGAGGGGUUCACUUACCCAGCACCGGACCACGUCCUAUACCUUUGUCAACCGUGCCCAAGCCUGCACCUACGAUCCCUUUACCCAGCAGGCCUGUGCCAGUCUUGCCCUACAGACCACCAAAGUAUCAGAAGGACUGCUGAGCUGCAGACGUCACGGACAGAGGACUUAAUCAAAGUCACGGUGUAGACGGAGACUUUUUUUAGACUUGCACUAAACACAGAAACUCUUUGAGACCUUCGGGAAAGUUGGAAAUGUCCCAGAGUUUCUGAUAAAAAGAGACCAACGGCACACGACAGGGCUGUUCCCUCUGACAGGUGCUCUCUUCUCCUCACUCAGGUACUGAUUAAAACUAUUUAUUGAAUUAUUUAAAACCACCAGUUUGUGCACAUCAUUGGAAAAGCAGAGAAAAGAGCAGAAACACGGUGUCCUUUUGGUUUUGUUUUAAGAUUCUUUAAUGCUUUUGAUACUUUUUGAGUGAAUUGCUAAAUAUGUAAUGAGGGGGAAAAAAGGGACAGGGAGGCCAACUCAGUGAGUUGUCAGAAUAGCUUACGGUCCAUGAAUAUUAUAUUUUAUUCAUUUAUAUAUUUAUGAGGUAUUGGAUAUUGAGUAAUUUUUUUAUAUUCAUGCCACCACGAUGCUGAAAAAUACUUGUUUUAACAGUGGGGAAAAAAUACAAAACAAGUAAAUAAUUACUGGAGUCCAGGAAUAUGUUUUAUUCACACACUUACUCUGUUAUUUCCUCAUGCGUCCAUAUUCUCUGUGAAGUACAAACAGAAAAAGCACACGUCUGGUGACACGUGGUGGUCCUGGUCUCCUGAUGCUGGCACACACUGCCGAGCUUCUGCAUGUUUGGCCCGGAGACAGACUUUAGUGUCUGUCAUUGACUCCAGUCAGUGCUGUCGCUGUGUUUUUGCGACACUCACUUUCUGUCUGUUUGCGGCAGCCAAGUUGGACGACGCCUAAACUUCGAGCUCCUUCCAGCUCCUUCUCAACCACGUCCAAUGAAAGGCGACACUGUGUCCUUGUAGUCCGUGUCUCCUCCUCUGCCUAAUGUAACGUGUCGUUGUCCGUUUUCUAUGGCCGUGUUAUUUCCACACUUCAUGUUUUUCAUGUUCGCACCGCUGUCCGUACUUUCUGUUGCACUUUGAGUUUGGCACUUUUACAAGUUGUGACUUUGUUGACUUGCUGUCAUAUGUGUACAAAAUCAUCGGUUAAAACGAUUGCAGCUCUCUCUCUCUCUCUCUCAGUCGUCAGAAUACUUUUUAUUAUUUCAAAUGUGAAAAUAUCAGUGUCAUGUCGGUUGGUUGUUCAAUACUUGUCAUUUGUAAAUGUAACUUUUUUUUGUUUUUGCAAUACCGUCAAAUUUGAAAUGACAAUAAUACGACAAUGGUGUCUCCUGUGUCGUCUUUAAGCGCAAAAUUUAAAGAACAUUUUUGUAAGGUGAAUGGAGAGCACAAGAGCGCCACCUUAAGAUAAGAGAUGAGAAGUAAAUCUUUUUAAAUCUACGUUUACCAACACUAACGUGGGAACACAAGGCAAUUGUUAGAAAAAGUUGGAACGUUCCUUUCCACUUGAGCAGCCUUGUUGUUCAACACUGCCAUCUAUCGAGCCUUUUUGGUCAUUACCAGAAGUAGAUUUGAUUUUUUUACGACGCUUUCACUUGCUUUCAAUUGCUUUUUAAAAACAGCGGUGUAAAGUAUUGAAAUAAAAACGUUUUUUUUCUAAUUAUUAUUUUUUUAAUCUUGUAAAAUGGCAUUUCAGAUUGGCAAACAACGGUUCUCAAACUGUGGUAGGGUUAAGGUUAGAGUUACACGGAUGAGUCACUUACUGUACGGUAGUUGUUAAAUACAGUUGUAUAUUCCAGUUUAAUCUGUGUGUGUGUGUGUGUUGGGGGGGUGUUAGCAUUAAAUUGAAUUUCCAGUUGUAGACUCUACAGUGUAGGCAGGUGCAGCAGUAUUUCAAUGUUCAAGGUCUUACUGGUGGUACUUGAAGAGCCUGGAGUUUGGAGAGACACUACAGCAAACAGCAGACCACUCUCCUCAUCAGUGUCUUCUGUGGGAUUAAUGGUCACAUGACAGCACUCCACUGGCUGCCUAGUGAGCCUUUGCUCUGGCUUCACUUACAGGGAGUCUGUGUGCUGCCAAGUCAGAGCUCAUGGUGUCCAGACUAUAGUUCCCCAGAUCUGCGAAUGAAGUCCACACCAAACAGAUUGGAGCUGAGUGCUGGUAGCACCAGCUUGAAACCUUUCUGAGGGGCUUCUGCCUUGGUUCUGAGACACAGAAGGGAUAAUCAGUGUAAACAAAGAGGAAUCAUAUUUAAUAAUGAUACUUUAUAAUAUAAUGGCAAUAUAGUUUAGGGGUCUGGGUUUGAAUCCUGAGACUUUGAAGACAGUGUCUGAAUGAUAAUGAUGUUACCGUGAUAUUAAUGUUGAUGGUGAUGCAAAUGUUACAUUGACGUUAAUAAUGCAGAUAAUGUUGAUUGAUAAACAACAAUGACAACAACAAUGAUGAUCAUUUUAAAUAUAAUAUUCUAACAAUGAUAAUGAUGACAAUAAAAAUGAUGCUUUUUAUAUGGUAAUGGUGACAAGGAUGUUGACAAUGGUUUGAUGGUGAACACUAUCAUAAUGAUAUGAAGAGAUGAGGUUGGACGUCAUCACUACAGCAUGUCUCGAAAAACGUGUUGCUCUAAUGCAGCUGUCCUCAGGUGCAGUGAAGCACCUGCCUCCAUCCUCCCACUGCAGGUGUUGGUGUUGUUUCCUCUAACUGAAUCUCUUGCUGGGACACAACAAUUCACAGUCACAUCAGAAAGCUUUAAUCAUCCUGUCUUUUCCUCCCCUCCAGAGAGGAGAGAACAAAAGACCUGAGGGAUCUUUUUUUUUCCCAGGCGCUCCUCACAGCUGCCCGACUCUCUCUCAGCCCAUAUGUCAAACACUCGCUUAUGGCUCCCAUAUAAUUCAGUCGGGGAGUAAAAAGACACUCGGCACAUUACAGAGAGGGGAGAAAGAUAAACACACAGCAGGCUAAUGUGAAAGAACUCACUCCCCAGACUAAUUAUCAAAGUAAAUGACAGUAGGAGAGGCUGGAGUUGAGACAAAGUGUCUUUUAUUAAGACACCAUUCACAGGUGCGGCAGGUCCAUAGAGUGGUAUGUUGUUUCAGCUUGGAAAAUAGGUGAGAAGAAAACCCUGAAGAUCCACUUUUUAGUAUUUGAAUGCGGUCUAGACAAUGCUGGUACUGUACAUUUUUUGUUUAAUAUAAAUAUUGUAAAGUACUAGUGUAAAAGCAAGUAUCUUUCUCAUUUGAUAUAUGAUCAGGCAUUAAUGCUGACACCUCAGAGCAGCAGCAGAGACUGUUACUCCGGCUCAUCCAGCCAGGGACAGUAAUGAAUUCCAGCUUGUACUUGCUGGUUAGAGAGUGGAUUCGAUUGUACUGCACACAUGGCUGGAGAUGAGGAGUUAAAGAUUUAACAAAGAGGACAAAGUCCUGCAGCCGUUGUGGAGCCCCUGUGGCCCUGUGUUUAUCAGUUGACUGCAGCUAAAAUAAUAGAAAUGUGGGAUAAUAACAGAAAUUACAGAUUGAAAAUCAGAUAUUGCUUUUGAAUUGUGGUUUUAACAAGUUAAUGAAACUGGCCUGGAAAAGAUGAUGAUAUCCACGUGGAAGGAGCUGAAACAUGAAGUCUCAAAUCUGGAGGUUGUUUUGUUAACGAGGACUGGGCCAAAACCACUGAGGGCAGGUGCAGAAGUCACACUGAGGGGCAGAAAUAGCCUGAUUGUAACAAAAUAUUAAGUUAGGUGGACCAUCGUUUUAGUCCAGGUCAGUUUCAUUAGUUUCUCUCACACCACAAUUUUAUCUUUCCUUCUGCUUCAGUCAGGUAAAAAGACAUGAGAUGAGUCACAGUCAUGAAAUGUUGUAGGCUGAUCCAGGACCAGUACAUUAUGGAGGUAAAAGAUGGAGCGCAACAUAAAUUUAAAAAUAUUUUAUUUCCAUGUCACAGCAGAUCCAUGCGAAUAUAAAGAAGUGUAUGUGUGUGUGUGUAUA